CGAGAGAGAAGUGGAUUGAAGGGCGCGCCCGAGUGAGUGAGUGAGUGAGUGUAGUCUUCCCCUUUCUUUGGAGGAGGGGGAAGAUGAUAACAAUGAUCUGAAGACACAUGAUUUCCAGUGUUAGUUCGAGUUCAUAUCUUGAUCCGAAGCGUUGGGUGUUGAUGGUGCUUAAUUGGACUUGUGAUUUAUGUGUACUGUGUGUUGGUUAUCGUUGAUGGCACGGCACGUGAGACAAUGGACCAAUACGGAGACCUAAUCCAGAUAGUUUGGCAAAGGUGAUUCGGUUCCAAUAUGUUUCCCAAUCCGCGGAAUCCAUUGUAAGGACGCAUUCUCACGAACACCACCCACCCACUUGGGUGACAGCGGCAGCAGCCAGUUAAUUCCAAGAAGAAGAGACAGAAAAGGAAAGAAAACCCGCACACUUUGGCUAGAAGUUGGUUCAGUCCUUUCUUCGGCUUCAAAAUGGUUGGUGUGCUUACAACGUCGAAAACCCAGAGGCUCUUCAUCCUGAUCCGACAAGCCAUUUGUUAUGUGGUUCUCCUUCAACAAUUCCUUAUCAUUGUGCCAUUGUGUGAGGCCGUGCAGGAGAGCCAUUACCUUCAUUGGAACACGUCAAAUCCCAUCUUCCGCAUAGACAAUACCGAUCACAUUAUCGAUGUGAAUCGCGGCAAUCAGGCCUGGGAGUAUGAUCAAGUGAACAUCAUCUGUCCACUCUAUAAACCGGGGACCAGAGCCGAGGAAAUAGAGCAAUAUGUCAUUUACAGUGUGUCCAAAGACGAGUACGAGUCGUGUCGGAUCACCGAUCCGCACCCCCGGAUCAUUGCUCAAUGUAAUAAUCCUCAUAGGCUCUUGUAUUUCACGAUCACCUUCCGAUCAUUUACGCCAACGCCCGGCGGAAUGGAAUUUCAACCCGGACAGGACUACUACUUCAUCUCGACCUCGGCCAAAUCGGACCUUCACCGCCGACUCGGAGGCCAUUGUUCCACGCAUAACAUGAAGGUUCAGUUCAGGGUGGCGGACAAUCGCCACGAGAACCACGUCCGUCUGGCCAACAAUCCUCGAUAUCGGCCGCACCAGCCUUACCAUGACCCCUCAAGGCAAGGUGUCAAGGUUCCCUCGUCUACGGGCGAGGGCUCACUGCCUCAGACAUCUCCCACUGUUGCCACUACUACUGCCAAGCCUCUGGAUUCCCACGGGUAUCUGGAUAACAGUCAAGGAAAGUUGCCAAGGUAUUAUGGUGAUCUAUCACACUAUGACAACCUGAGUGAAAAGAAGCGCCACGAAUAUGACGUUCAUCCCAAUGAUAUCAUCAAACACGAGGCAUCUCGGAUGGCAGCUGCCACCUCAAAGGCUGCCUCGCGCUCAACCCACCUCGAUCUGGUUCCAUGCUUUUUAGCGAUGCUGAUCGUGUUCCAUUUGUCUUCAUUGCACGCGUCCUAAGAAGUGGAUAGUCGAGACCAGAAGAUAGUCAGAAAGGAUUUCACAUAAUUUGGUUCAAGCUUUAUUGUUAUUGGGACAAAUGUCCCGGUUCCCACCUCCUUGCGAGCACUCAUACUUUCUUGACUGUUGACUGGAGGUGAACCCGUGCUGUUGGUUUGGUCCUAUUUUUCGGUUGGGAAAGAGGAAGACACGGAAUUGCUCCCUUUCGAAGACGACGAACAUAGACUUUGUGCCAAACCUCCGAAGAAUAAUGUUCCCAUGUUCCAAGUGCCAUAGCUAAUGCGAGGCUCUCGUUGUUCCUGCGCCAUGAACGCACGCCAAGCAUUGUCGAAUUGGAUCAAAUGGCAAGACAAAUCCUAAGCCUUUACCAAGACUUUGAAUGACCUUCAUAGGUAGAGAAGAAGAGACUGUGAUACAUUACUGUAAGACUAUCCCUCGUGGCCGUACGAAUUUGAACUGACAUUUGAGUUAUUGCCGCAUUUCUCACCAACCUAUUGCUUCAUCGUGUCAACGUUAUUCCACUCAAUAUGUUUUAAUGUCUGUGAUAUCAAUUUGAGAAAAAAAACAUACGCACAAUGUUCACUUCUAAAGGGGAAAAAAUCAAUAAACUCGCGGUCAUGUUGUUUUUCAUAA